CUGCUCUGAGUUCUCUUUCGAGGAAAAAGCCACCAGCGAGAUAAGGGCGGAAGAGGAGAGGAAGAAGACCAGCAAGAUCAGCAGAUAUCGAUCGCGGAGCGACCAAAACCGGCGGCGAGCAAGUGAAAGCCAAACCCAAGAAAAGAGGAGGUGGAGAUGGAGAAGGGGAAAGGGGUGAUGGGUAUGGGGAGACGGUGGGCGAUCGAUUUCACCGACAAUUCGACUUCGCUCGCCUCUCGCGACAUCCCCGAUCCUCUCGGUUUCUCUCGCGCCUCUCUCGAUCAGGAAGAUUCUGCGGUCACUCGACAAAAGAAGGACGCUGAAGCUAAUUGGAAAGCUCAGAAAGCGUGGGAGGUGGCGCAAGCCCCGUUCAAGAAUUUGAUGAUGAUGGGGUUCAUGAUGUGGAUGUCUGGAAGCACUGUCCAUCUCUUUAGCAUUGGUAUCACGUUUUCAGCCCUUUGGCAGCCAAUAAGUGCUCUUCAGGGAGUUGGAAAGGUUUUUGAGCCAUACAAGGACAAUAAGGUUGAACUUCUUGUGCCAAAGUUACUCUAUAUAGCCCUCAAUCUGGGAGGUUUAGCACUUGGUGUUUGGAAGCUUAAUACACUUGGCCUACUUCCUACACACGCAUCAGAUUGGGUAUCAUCCUUACCUCCAGCACAGGAGGUCGAAUACUCAGGUGGGGGCAUUCCUCUACAUUAACGCAACAGUGCCUACAAUUUCGAGAUCAAUCUCCAAGUAUGGGAGGAAGUGCUGGUGUGAAUUUUUCUCCGUUAGCCAUUUUGUUAUCCUUGGAUCCGUCCUCGGCAGAGUGGUGCAGUCUUGAUUGAUCAUCUACCAAGGUCUCAUCAGCAUCGCUGUAGUUGUCGAGAAAAUGAGUUGGUGGUUACUGAUGCUAAACUUAGUUCCCCAGUUAAUGCCACUCUUGCAUUAAGAAGGCACCAUCUGAAAAUGAUGGUUCAUCCACUGUUUCAUCUAUUGUCACUUCUUUAAGACUUUUUUGUCAGGAUGGUUGAACUCUGAUUACUGUAGUUUAUUAAGCAUCCAUCAGAUUCUGAUUUCCUAGUAA